AAAAGUUGAAAUUUUCUUUCCACGUGUUGUGUCACUUUAAGUCUAGGUUAGAUUUGAGGAUAAAUUAAAUAAAAACAUAUUUAAUCUUAAUUUAUUGUGAAAGUUUUGCAUUGACACAACACCUAUAAUGGCACUGUACAAUUUUAAGAAGAUUGCAGUUGUCCCCUCUGCAAAGGACUUUAUCGAUAUUAUCCUAUCGAAAACCCAACGCAAAACACCCACCGUCAUCCACAAGCAAUACAAAAUAACAAGAAUCAGGAAUUUCUAUAUGCGAAAAAUUAAAUUUUCGCAACAAAGUUUCCACGACCGUUUGACUCAAAUCCUGACUGAAUUUCCUAAACUUGACGAUGUCCAUCCCUUUUACGCCGAUUUAAUUAACGUUCUCUACGAUAAGGACCAUUACAAACUGGCUUUAGGCCAGAUAAAUACAGCCAAACAUUUAAUAGAUAAUGUAGCAAAAGAUUAUGUUCGUUUGAUGAAGUUUGGAGACUCGCUUUACCGUUGUAAGCAAUUAAAAAGGGCUGCUUUGGGCCGAAUGGCCACUAUAAUGAAGAGACAAGCCUCCAAUUUGACUUAUUUGGAACAAGUGAGGCAACACUUGGCGCGUCUCCCGUCAAUAGACCCCUAUACCAGAACAAUCAUUAUUUGCGGGUUUCCAAACGUUGGAAAAUCAUCAUUUAUGAAUAAAAUAACAAGAGCUGAUGUUGAAGUCCAACCUUAUGCUUUCACAACAAAAUCUUUGUAUGUUGGUCACAUGGAUUACAAGUAUUUGCGCUGGCAAGUGAUUGAUACUCCCGGAAUUUUGGACCACUCUUUGGAGGAAAGAAACGUGAUUGAAAUGCAGGCCGUGACAGCCCUUGCACACUUACGAGCCUGUGUGUUGUACUUCAUUGACCCUUCUGAGCAAUGCGGACAUACUUUGGAGGAACAAGUGCGAUUAUUUGAGUCAAUCAAACCCUUAUUCGCAAAUAAACCAUUGAUUGUUGUGGCAAAUAAAGUCGAUAUUGUGCCACUCAGCGAACUUCCGGCUGAUAAACAAGACACUCUCAAAAGCUUGAAAGAGGAUUCAAAUGUCCCAAUCAUGGAAAUGUCGACUGUGACCGAUACUGGAGUCAUGGAGGUGAAAACCGAGGCUUGCGAGACGCUUCUCAGCUUCAGAGUUGAUCAGAAAAUGCGCUCGAAAAAAGUCGAUGGGAUAUUGAAUCGCCUUCAUGUCGCUGUACCCAAACCCAGAGACGAUAAACCUCGCUCUCCGUGCAUCCCUGAGUCAAUUUUGGCCAAACGCGAGGCCCAGCAGUCCCGCAAACGCAAACUCGAACGCGAUAUCGAGCUUGAAGAAGGCGACGACUACGUCCUUGACCUUAAAAAAUCCUACACGGAGAUUCCCGAGAAGGAACGCUGGGAUAUCAUCCCUGAAAUCUGGGAAGGCCACAAUAUUGCCGACUACAUUGACCCCGAAAUAUUCGAUAAGCUUGAGGCUCUCGAACGCGAGGAGGAAAUUCGAGAGGAGACGGGGAUGUAUGUCGUGCCGAAGAUCGAGCUUACAGACACCAUGCGUGAAAUUAAAGCCCUUGCUUUGCAAAUCAGACACAAGAAGGCGAUACUUAAGGAUGAGGCCAGGGUUAAUAAACAAUGCAGGAAGCCGGCUAUGCCUAGAAAUACAAGGGCUAAGGCUAGGGAUCGAUCAGUGUCGAAGUUGAGGGCGAAUAUGGAGGAGUUGGGAGUGGAUAUGAGCGAUACGAAGGGGGCGCACUUUACGAAGACUAAGAGGAGUGCGUCGAUGGGACCCCCGUUGAAGAAGGUGAGGAUGGAGGUGGAUAAGGAGGCGUCGACGAGCGUUGCGACGAGGUCGACAAGGGCGGUGGUGCCCUCGAGAAAUGAGAUGGGAGUCAAGGAUCCGGCGAUGAGAAAGAAAUUGGCGAAAAUCGCACACCGUGCGAUUAGUAAGAAGGUCAAGAAAUACGGUCUUAAAGGUGAAGCGGAUAGGUUUAUUGGUAACAAAAUGCCAAAACAUCUCUUUACUGGAAAACGUGGUAUUGGCAAAACUGACCGUCGUUAAGUAUUUAUUGUACUCAGAGUGUUUAUUAAUAAAGAUUAAUUUGUGAAAUGUUA